AGGGGCGCUGAGUGGAUGAUCGCCUUCAGCGGUCUGAGGCGAACUCUACUGCAAGGAAGGGAGGCGUGGGAGUCGAGCAGUGGAGGCGGAGCCAGCUUUGGGGGCAAGAUCGCCACGCCUGAGUUGCUGGAGGAAGCCCAGAGGCAAGGCUUACCAUUUUCACAGUGGGACGGGCCAACCGUGGUUGAAUGGCUGGAGCUCUGGGUUGGGAUGCCUGCUUGCUAUGUGGCUGCCUGCAGAGCAAAUGUGAAAAGUGGGGCCAUCAUGUCAGCUCUGUCAGACAGACAGAUCCAGCAAGAGAUUGGCAUCAGCCACCCUCUGCACAGACUGAAGCUGCGGCUGGCCAUCCAGGAAACCCUGUGGCUCACCAGCCCUUCGGCUCCACCCACAUUGAAAAAGACACUUGCAUAUGGGGACAUGGACCACGAGUGGAUUGGCAAUGAGUGGCUGCCCAGCCUGGGCCUACCUCAGUACCGAAGCUAUUUCAUGGAGUGCCUUGUGGAUGCUCGGAUGCUGGACCACCUGACCAAGAAAGACCUGCGGGGGCGGCUGAAAAUGGUUGACAGUUUUCACAGGAACAGCUUCCAGUGUGGACUUAUGUGCCUGAAAAGGUUAAAUUAUGAUCGGAAAGAACUGGAAAGAAGAAGAGAAGAAAGUCAGGAUGUAGUUAAAGAUGUGCUUGUUUGGAGCAAUGAUCGAGUGAUUCGCUGGGUCAUAUCCAUUGGCCUUAAAGAAUAUGCAAACAACCUCAUAGAGAGUGGGGUUCAUGGCGCACAGCUGGCCUUAGAUGAAGCCUUCGAUUACAACACAUUGGCCCUGUUGUUACAGAUCCCGACAGAGAACAGAAAGGCUCGAAAUGUCUUGGACAAAGAAUUUGCCGACCUUUUGGUCCUUGGGACUGUCAGACGUUUUGAUGUUGAGGAUGACAAACACUUUAGGAGAGCACCUUCAUGGAGAGAGAAGGUUAGAGAAAAGGCCAUUCACGGCGUGGCAACUGGGUCAUCAGAGACACUCCCUGCAAACUUCCGAGUCUCUUCUUCCAAGUCUUCCCGCUCUGUGCAGCCCAAUGAGAUCCAGAUGGAUGGCAGUGUAUCAGAAACACAGAAGUUGGAUUCUGCGACAACCAGGACUUCCUCCUGUUAAGCCUCCUGUUGUUUUCCUGAACUACUUCUACAGAUGAUAUGCAGCAUUUGGAAUCCAACAGAGACUACAUUUUUUAAUUCAGUCGAAUCGCUAUCUGUUAAUACUUGUUAUAUGGAGUCCUAAGAUAUUUUAUAACAGAGUUUUUAAUUAGUGAAAAAUUCAUCAAUAACAUAGAGAAAAUAUUUUAGAAUUUAAUGUUUCUUCUAUUUUUGUAAACUUAGGACUUUUCAUUUAUAUAGUUACUUACUUUUUCAUCUAUGUUUAGAUAUCUCUGGAAGCAAUUCAUGUUCUUAUAUCUAAUUUUAGUCUUUCAAAUGAAUGUACUGUAAUGCUUGUAUGUAUAAACCGUAUGAACAAAUACACGGCUUUUGUAAAUUGUGCACAUAUUGUAAUUAUUACUAUUUAACUUUUUAAUGAUAAGCCAUCCCUGAAAAAAUUAGUUUACUACACUUUUUUUUUUAAUUUUGUUACUUUUUUUUUUUUUUUUUGGUCUUUUUCCUUUUUAUUGGUACCAGGGAUCGAACUCACGACUGCCUGCUUCCAAGGCAGGUGCUUAUGCCGCUGAGCUAAAUCCCCAGCCCCUUUUUUUGUCUUUUUUGUUUUUAUCGGCACUAGGGAUCAAACUCAGGACUGCCUGCUUGCAAGGCAGGUGCUUAUGCCACUGAGCUAAAUCCCCAGCCCAGUUUACUACAUUUAUAAAAUUGUUGUGACAUAAGCAAUGUGCAUUAUCCUUCACCUUGCUCUACAUCAGUCAUUUUAAAAUCAGGAGACUUCAUUCCAAGCAGUUGUCAUAUUUUGAGGUUGACUGACCUUAACUGUUCUUUUUUUAGCAAGAAAUCAGAGUCUAAUAAAGUCGGGACUGAACCGUUGCACCAGAGCACUAUAGAACUUUCUUAGCACUGGUUCCCUUUUCCCCAUCCUGUCUCUGGACUUGGGGAGCUUGUCUUCAGAGACUUGACCAGAAGCCAUGAGCUUGGAGCUGCUCUCAGCAGGGCUGGAGUGGCCAGGGGUGGACCCCAGCCUGGCACCUUCCCUGCCUCUUUCCUGUGAGCAUGUGGAAGGUGCCUCCAGCUAUUCUUAGAGGACCAAUCACUGAGCACUGUGCUCACAUCUCACAGACAUUGGUGCAUGAGCAGAUGAGAGCAGGAAACCCUGAAAAUAAAGUUGUACAACUCUAACUAAUCAAGGCCUUAUUUUUCAUAUGUCAGUCACCUUUUUACAUUGGUUUAUAAACAUGUUUCAACUAGUCAUACAUUUUUAGAUUUUGAUGACAUAGCCAUUUUGGAUUGAACAAGUAGCAAAAGCAACUUGCUUUUCACUGGCAUAUUAAAAAGCCAGCAAGGAAGGAGUCAGAUCAGGGUGCAUGUUAUUUAUUGUGCAACUGAUACAUGGGUAGAGGCAGCAUGCCUUUUUAAUUUAGUUUAUGCAGGGGCUGGGGAUUUAGCUCAGCGGCAUAAGCGCCUGCCUUGCAAGCAGGCCGUCGUGAGUUCGAUCCCUGGUACCGAUAAAAACGAAAAAGACAAAAAAAAAAAAAAAAAAGAAAAAAAAUAAUUUGGUUUAUGCAUACAAUUCACUUGUACAAUCCAUAUUACUGCCCUUUUUCUAUUAAUUUUUGUGGAAUUUUCUGAGUAUGUAACAAAGUAUACAGUCAUAUACAUAUAUAUACUUUUGAACUAUUUUAAUCACAGUAUUAUUUAUUGCUUUCUUUCAAUAAAGUUCUGAAUCAUUUUUCACUGCCAA